AUGGGAUCCCUCGAGGAAGAGCGAACGCACUCGACUGCGCAUCAUUCGGUCGAUUACGAGACCAAGGAUGUCUCCCUACCAGAUGGCAAGGCAGAUGCAGCCUUCGAAUUCCUGCGUGAUGAGGACAUCGCGAUCGCAGUUGAAAUCAACGAGAAAGCUCUCGUUCGCAAGAUUGAUUGGAUGAUCAUGCCGUUGAUGUGGGCAGCGUACAACCUGCAAUACCUCGACAAAGUACUCAUCAACUACGCCUCUGUCAUGGGCCUUCUAAGCGACACCAAUAUGCGGACAAACCAGUUCUCUAAUCUGACCCUAGCUUUCUACGUGACCUAUCUGUUCUUCGAGCUACCGACUGGAUACUUUAUGCAGCGCCUGCCGACUGCAAAGUAUCUAGGCUUCAAUGUCAUGCUAUGGGGUCUGAUGACAACGCUUAAUUGCUCGGCAAAGAACUUUGGCGGUUUGAUGACGCUACGAGUUCUACUUGGAUGCUUUGAGAGUGCCAUUGCGCCGGCUCUGAUCUUGAUCACUUCCAUGUGGUACAAAAGGAACGAACAGCCCACGCGCAUGGGAAUUUGGUAUAUCGGCACUGGGACGGCAUCUAUCAUGGGCGCUCUAGUCUCAUACGGUCUACUCUUCUACACAAGUGAUCGCUUCAAGCCGUGGCAAAUCAUGUUCUUAAUUUUCGGGCUGAUCACAAUCGCCGUGGGCGCCUGCAUCGUCAUCUUCCUCCCAGACAAUCCCAUGACAUCGCGAUUGACGCACGCCGAAAAGGUUCUCGCGAUUGAGCGGCUGCGCGAGAAUCGCACCGGUAUCGAGAAUAAGCAUUUCAAAUGGUGCCAAUUCAUCGAGGUUUUCAAAGAUCCGCAGACGUACCUGAUCGCCAUCGUCGUGACGGCCAUGGACGUGCCCAACGCGGCAGUCAGCAGCUUUACCUCGCUGAUUAUCAAGAACAUCGGUUUCACCACCAAGGAAACUGAACUGCUGAAUAUUCCCAACGGAGUGGUAAGUAUUAUCAGUAUCUGGGUAGUCACGUAUCUCGCAGCUCGUUACGACCAGCGCUGCCUCUGCGUUGUCCUCGCUUUGGUGGGCGGUUUGCUAGGUAGCUGCCUUCUCGCCUUCUCGCACAAGGACAUGAAAGCCGCCCAGCUGGCUGGAAAUUACCUCACUCAAAUCACCGGUUCCGCUUUACCACUCAUGUACGCCAUCGGGGGCGCCAAUGUCGCCGGGCACACGAAGAAGAUCACCAUGAAUGCCAUCCUGCUCAUGUCCUUCUGUCUGGGUAAUAUCCUGGGCCCGCUUACUUUCCGCACGCAGGAUGAGCCUGACUAUAUCCCUGCAAAGAUUGCGCUUGUUGCUACUAUCUCGGUGGCGAUUAUAUUUGUGAUGAUUUUGCGGGGUUAUUAUGGUUGGGAGAAUCGGCGGAGGGAUCGGCGACAUGAGGGCGAGGCGCAUGUGCAGAACUCAGAGUUUUUGGAUCUGACGGAUCGAGAGAAUCCAGAGUUUCGGGUGAGUCGAUCAUGCCUUUUACAAUUUUUUAAUAAUGGAUGCGUUGCUGACUGCAGUUAUAGUACAAGUUAUAGGGUGAUUGUUCACCAACCUCAAACUCGGGAGAUGAUCAGUACAUUAUACAACCUAGAGCCAGGAGAGGAGAUGCCCGUUCAUAUGUAA